GGCGGCAGAAAAUGAAAAGUAUGACAAAGGCUUAGACUUGGAUCUAGAUCUGCGACUACGUAAUAGCCAAGAUAGUGAAGAUGAUGUCAUUUUCACAAAUAUUCCUCUAGAUGAUAACAAGAAAGAUGGCAACCAGGUGAACACAGAGCUUUAUCCUCCAGGGGUGUACUACUCUACAGACACGCUCAAUACUCCAAGAUCUGUAGGGGAAUCAGAAAUAGAUUCCGGCAUUCUUACUUAUGGCGAAGAUGAAAAUAAGGAGAGAGGCAAUUGGUCUGGAAAGCUAGAUUUCUUACUUAGUUGCCUUGGUUACGCAGUCGGUUUAGGAAAUGUAUGGCGAUUCCCCUACUUGUGUUACCGGAAUGGUGGAGGGGCAUUCUUGAUUCCAUACGCCAUUAUGUUGGUGUUUGUGGGUCUCCCAUUGUUCUUCAUGGAGUUAUGUUUAGGACAGUUUUGCAGUAGUGGGCCAUUGACAUGCUGGUCAUACGCACCUAUGUUCAAAGGGAUAGGUGUUGCCAUGAUGAUUGUGUCUAGUCUAGUAGCGGUAUAUUAUAAUAUGAUCAUAGCCUGGUCACUCUAUUAUCUCAUAGCAUCAUUUACAUCAGAGUUACCAUGGGCUGACUGUGACAAUGAUUGGAAUGGGAAAGGUUGUAGUUUAAGGUGGCCUCUAUUGAAAGAAGAUGAGUGCCAAGGUCGUGGAACAAUCGAAUACCCCAAUGGUACAUGCUAUACACAGCAAGACGACAAGACAUACAAAUUUACUGGUGUUUACAACGAAUCUCUAUUUUUUCAACAAACAAAAAUUAAGCGUAUCUUGCCAAGUGAAGAAUACUACAAUAAUUAUGUGCUGAAUCUCAGUAGUGGAAUAGAUGAUAUGGGAGCCCCCCAGUGGAAGUUGGUCCUUGCCCUUAUUGGGGCAUGGGUCAUCGCAUUUAUGUGCAUGAUUAAAGGCAUCAAAUCCUCUGGAAAGGUUGUGUACUUUACAGCCACCUUCCCUUAUGUAGUACUUGUUAUUCUACUUAUACGUGGGGUGACCUUAGAUAAUGCGGGUCAGGGAAUAUUAUUCUACCUUCAGCCUGACUGGCAGAGACUAGGAAAUGCUAAGGUAUGGAAUGACGCUGCAGUUCAAAUCUUCUUUUCUCUGUCCAACUGCUGGGGAGGCCUCAUCGCUUUAGCCAGCUACAAUAGAUUCCACAAUAAUUGUCUCAGGGAUACACUCAUCGUGGCAUUCGGGAAUUGCUGCACCAGUGUGUUUGCUGGCUUUGUCAUCUUCUCCUUCCUUGGUAACAUGGCUGGCAUCAUGAAUACCACUGUGGAUAAAGUCGUUGAUAGCGGCCCAGGCCUUGCAUUUAUAGUGUACCCAUUUGCUGUGACAAUGAUGCCAGUGUCUCCCCUUUGGGCCAUCCUGUUUUUCUUCAUGCUCAUAACACUUGGACUUGAUAGUCAGUUUGCCAUGUUGGAAACAGUCAUGACGUCUAUAAUGGACCAAUUUCCACAUGUUCGGAAAAAGAAGACAUUCAUAAUUCUCUUCAUCUCCAUUUUGUUCUUCCUUUGUGGUUUGACAUUGACCUGUAGGGGAGGGGCCUACAUGUUACAGUUAAUGGACACAUAUUGUGGAGGAUGGGCCAUUCUCAUUAUAGGAAUUGUUGAGAGUAUAUCUAUAGCUUGGAUUUAUGGAGCAGACAGGUUUAUGAAUGACAUUGCAUUGAUGACUGGAAAAAAGCCUUCUAUUUGGUGGCGAAUAUGCUGGCAAGGCCUGACUCCAUUCCUCAUCAUUUUCAUUCUAUUAUUUACGUGGAUAGACUACUCCCCAGCUAGGUUUGGCGACUAUUCCUUCCCUGAAUGGGCAGAUGGCUUGGGCUGGUGCAUGAGCUUUACUUCUGUUAUAUUCAUACCAAUUAUGGCUGUCUAUAAGCUUUCUAAGGAGGAAGGGUCAUUCUUAGAGCGUCUACGCCGGGUGACGACACCAUCAAUUGAGUGGGGCCCAGCACUAGUGAAACAUCGCAGAUUGGUGAAUUAUGUGAAUGGCUUUUGGACUGACCCUAAAGCUGCACUGGGUGUUGUCAACCCAGCUAUGUCAUAUAGCAGUAUGAAUGGAAGCUCUGUCAAGGUGAGCUACAAUGGUGUGCCAAUAAGCCUGACUCCUGGCUAUUCUACCCCUGGGUACUCCACCCCUGGUGGUGAAAGUAUAGAUGGGAGGAGAACUCCAGGAUCUCAAGCUACAGGAACAUCGUACAUCUCACAGGCCAAUAGUUCAGUGUCAUAUGAAAGUGUUGUAUAAAUCAACAUGUUGAAUACCGGUGAAGAAAAUCAAGACUAGAAUUGAAAUAAUAAACAGGCUGUCUUGACAGGUUUUCCUGAUAAAAUGUUAAUUUUAUAUAAAGUUGAUAUCUAUAGUGUUUAAACAGAUGCUUGGUUGAUGCAGUCUUUUUAGUUCUUCCAAGAUAAUGUUAGCCUUGCCCAAGUCG